CUCUUUUUGGUCCCCAUCCUACAUCCUAGCAGAGACUAUCCAGCAAGAUGAAGUCAUUAUGUUGAGAUUUCAAACCUAGAAGACAGGCUCAUAUGGCGAGGACAGCCUCAACCCCUGUCAAGCAUACCAUGACCGAUCGAACCCGAUAAACACCGACUAACCACGAUGCUGUCGAUCGACUAUUCAGGUAUUUGUGAGACCCUAGUCAAGGAUCUACAAGCAAUUGGCGAGCCGGACUUUCCAAACUUCUGCAACAGAUUGCACAAUAAAGCUCAAUACAGUCAUAUGGUGGAGAAGCUUCGUGGGGACAUCGACUCGGCUCCUAACUACCCUCCAGAUAGCGACGAGAAUGAUUGGCAUAGCCAGUCCCUUGAUGGACUGGGUAACGCCGAUUAUUUCUUGUCUCUUUUGAGUAAUUGUGGCUUUGCACACGGCGUCCUCAAUGUUGAUGACCGCAAGGAUAAGCAUGGCUACAAGAAGUGUCUCGCCCCAGAUAAUGUAGAUGCACGAUGUCUAGAAGCCAUGUCUAUGCUACUCGCUUUUUGCCUUGGGGAAUGGAUCAACUCGUACCUUGCGAGUAAGAAACAUCGAACGCUCAAAGAUCUUCGAGGUAUGGAAGACUUCGAAAAGUGGUUAUACGACUGGUUGAAAGAUGAUGAUACCAUUGAGGGCCUGAUAUGGAAAGCCGAACAGGAUCAUGACUGGCGCUUACCAACCUACCUGAUGUUCGUUGCGGAUUAUCUAAAAUACCAACCGGGUUCCAUGCCCGGCUAUGGGGAACACUAUACCUUACGCCCAAGCUAUCAGAUUCUGCAACGCUGGUCGCGCGUCAACUACAAGAAUCACACGGCCAACAAUCCACAGAUGACAGACGAUCAUGUUAUCUACUGCGGCAAGUUGAGCACAAUAUCCUUUGUACCCGAAACCUCCAUUGGGAUCAUACAGCCCACAGAGACGUCUGAAGUGAUGAAAGGAUUCUACCACUAUGAUGUCGGCUCCACACGCGGAGACGAAGAACCAUCAGACCAGGAUUAUUCCAGUGCAAUCCUUGACAGCCUUGUCCGACUGAGUGACCAGGAGAACGUCAUAAAUCAAUUCAAAUCUUGGAUUGAGACAAUUUCGGACAACUACCAAGCCCUGCACUUUGACAAAUGGAAUCAUGCUGUAGACCGGUCAUUUUCGCAGGAAAAGUGGACGGAGGUUAAUGACUGGAUAACCAACUCACGUGUCAUGGAUGAUAAUUUCCAUACAAAACCCGACUUGCACCUAUGGAAAUGUGACCCAUGGGACGCCCAGCCAUGCGGAUCACAGUUUAUGCCGCAGACCCGAGUGCAUGUGGCUAAAUCAGGAGCCACUCCCAUAGAGAAAAUACGCAAAGGCGAUAUGAUUCUUUGCUCGGCCAAUCCCGAGAGAUAUGAGGCAGUUGAGCAAUUGUAUCAAGUGUCGCAGGAAGUGACAUCAGUAGGAUUCAAUGGGGAGCCUGCGUUCACCACAGUAUCGCAGGUGUUUGAAACCACAACUGGUUUACGUGCUGUUGACCCUCGAGCAGCCCACGCAUUGAAUCCCUUCCAGCGCGUUGGACGACUGGCAGUUGGCCAUUGCAUAUACAGGCUCCAUGAGGGUUUGUAUCAAGUGGUGGAACUCACCUCGAUUGACAUCAUGCCUCACGCUACUCAACCCCUUUACAGAGUAUCGCUUAGAGGAGAUGUGCAAUAUCAUCAUGCCAAUGGGUAUUUGGUUGCCUGUAACGAUCCAGUAUACUCGGCGAGAUCAAUCGCAGAUCAAUUACAGCAUCUGCCCCCAGACGAACGUCAGGCAUUCCUCGCCAGUUGUAAGGAGCUUUCACCGAUUUUUCGACAGCAUGACAUUCAAACCAUCAAAACCAGGCUGGACCGCGAAAUAUAUGACCUCCAACACGCUCCUUGGCGUCUAUCACUGGAUAAACAGCCCCUCUCCUGGACACCUAGAGGCUCCCUGAAUAUGAUUGAAGGCCGGUUUCAAUUAACUGCAUGCCAUGAAAAACUUCUACCAUUCGGAUAUCAACUGCCGGACCUGGUUGUCGUGGAUGGGAGGAUUGUCGUGGACGGUCAAGUGAUAAUGCAUACAGCAUGUGAUGAGAAUGCCAGGACGUUCCGGUGGACUCGAAAGAUCCCACAUCAGCAUAUAUAUGAACAUGCAUACUUGCGUGUUUACCCUAAUGGAGCAUCUGGCUCUGGAGUUGUCUACCUCACGGUUGAUGCUGAUCCAAGAGACGUCCAUGCAACGGCGGACGUCCAUCCUUUCCGUGCACUUGCAAUCUGCCCCACUCAGGAGAGCGCACAACAAACAGGCGAAGGCCCCAUGCCGUUCACUGCCGAUCAUACGUUUCAGUUACAGUUCGAUAAAGAGGUUUGGCCAGCCGAUGUCCCGGACUGGAAUGGCGUGAAAAGCCCGGUUGACGGGGGAAACAUAAUCUUCGGCUCCGUUACUACCGAGGAGGGUUACAGCAUCCAGACAGCCCGCAUCCCUCUCUUGGAUGAUCUUCAGCAGAAGAUAAGCAAAAACUACAAUAGAAGCCUUGAGCCACUAUACCGUGCCACUCAGACAUACCUCAAAAAUGGCAAUGUACUCUAUACGGUUCAAAUGCAUCGAGCAUCGUGGAUGCCUUUCCUGGCAGAGAACUGGAACAAGGACAACAAUUUCAAUGUAACCUUCAAAUCAGAACUGAAUGUCGACUUGACGCUUCCGUGUCUGUUUCAGGAGCUGAAGGUUGAAAUCAAUGCCUUAUUCCCGAGCAAAAAUAAAGCGGUGCUUCUCGAAUACAAUCCCUCCAUGCGUGGGAUGAAAGGGAAUCGUCAUUACGUUUCCGUCACAAAAGCGCACUCAGAGGUCGAAUUCUUCCAGAGAGUGAGGGCUAAAAUCUCUCGAGCUUUUGUAGAGUCCCCGGAACAGUCUCUAUGGAGCUUGACGGCCAACGACCGACAGCCGGCAGAGGCAACAGCGCAUCUUGAUCAGUACCAGAGCCUUGAUGUACCCAGCCUGAUUGAUCACCACGAAUACAAUGAUCAGACGGUUCAUAAUGCUACUCAAGCAGUGAUUCAAAACAUGAUGCUCUAUCAUAUGAACCAGGAUGAUCGGGAGACUUUCACUCAAUUGGGCAAACCAGGUGACCUCCCCGUCGAACUUGCUGAUGGCCUUAGUGAGGACAUCAAAACUUUUCUACGCACCAAGUAUGCCCCUGCCUGGCUGUGUCAAUCAUUUGUUGCCUCCGAUAAAUACGCAAGCAAGUUCACAGACAAGGAGAAAAAGAAACUCUGGUACUGGUGGCAUGGAAAUGGGAAGAACUGUCUCGCUCAGGCAACGGAGUACAAUGAGAUCAACAAACUUGCCUCAAUGGAAGGAGUCAAGACAUCCUAUAAAACUUGGAUCACUCCUUACCUGCAACAGAACUCUCAAGACUGGGCGCAGAGAAUGUUGAACGUUUUACAGGUACCGAUAGUGUUGGACUUUUUCGUCCAGAAUCCGAUUCAACCUGCAACUGGAGUGCGAACAAAUAUCAUCAACCAACAGGCCAUGAUAAUGCACGUUCUGGAUCCAAGUAACAAUCUCCCGGAUACCUGGUGGCAGAAGAUCAUGGCUUAUACGAUGAAACGCGGACUGGAGAGUCCCACAAUGAAGGCAGAUCAGGAAGAAGCCCGUCAGUUCCUCGAAAGCGCAAUAUCUACAUUAAUCAUCAAAGCAAUAUCUCCCGACGGGACGAUUCCCGGAGAUGUCCAGAUGGAGCUAUUGAACGACGUGGAACAAUACGAGACGGAUAAUAACCUGGACCACAGCCAAUCUGCGGAGAAGCGCGCAGCAAAUAUUGUUGGUCGAGAAAGUAAUAUGCUGGAUGAGGCGAGUAAAUGGGCUACGGGGGCAGCGCAAGCCAGCCUAGACGAAGCGUACGAUGGCGCCUCGCUCUAUCAAUGGGUCAAUCAGGCAUUCAACCAGAUCCAAAACAAGUAUAACACGAGCAAGUACCUAAAAGGCAUAGUCUCAACAGGCAUGGUUGGUUUUAGAAUGUUCCAGGUUGCCAAAGUCAUGGUAGGCCUGGUCAAUGACUGGAAUGAUAUGACGGAUGGCGAGCGAUCGAAGUCAGUUCUAGAGUUGCUGCAGGAUGCGACUAAGGGGCUCGACAACACUUUCGAGACUUGGAAGAUCUGGAAAGGGAGAACCGGCAUGUACGUCGUUGACCAAGUGGACACUAUGGAGUUGGACCAAGGAACGUAUCGGGCAAUCGACGAGCGUGCGCCAGACCUGGCCGCUAUGGGAGAGGAGGUGAGCGGCGAGGAUGGGCUUGGUCCGUCUAUAGGCGAACAUGUUGCUGGAGACGGUGUCCCCACGGAGGUCACGCCAGGUGAUGAUUUCAACAACCCCCCUGACGAGCUGCCGGACGGAUUAUCUCCCGCGGAAGAAGAAAGCGCAUCCGAGUUCCGGAUUCAGGGUAACGUUCUGAAGAUCCUCUCCGCGGCCCUGGGACUGGGCAUCGCUGUUGCCAUGACAUUUAACCUCGUUCAUGACUGGGACAAUCUCAGUACAUUUGACAAGGUCAUGGGCGUGUUGUCAGUGGUGGUUCAGUUUCUGACAGUGGCCCUGGACAUAGCAGACGUCGGUAUCAGCACCGGCCUCUGGGCUGUGAGUGCAACACUCGCGGCAGCCAUUCCUGUAGCCGGAUGGGUAUUGAUCAUACUUGGAGUUCUCCUCACAGUCAUCAGCUUCCUUGUCCAUCUAUUUGGCGGCGGUGCCCCGCCAGAUCCCGUCGAGAAGUAUAUUGACAAUACAGGCAAACCACUACUUGCUGGAUUUACUGAAGCAGCUGAUCCUCUGCUCAAUUAUUCGCUUACACCUUCUCGCCUAACCCCGGGACGAACUACCCAGCUUACAGUCAUUGGCACCAACAACACUGAUAAAGCAGUCUCUCUGGCUGGAGUCUCGGUUUCGCUAUAUACUGGGGAUGAUGACAGUUGUGUGUUUAGUGACACGAAGAACUUUGUCCUGGUGGACGAAGAUGACCCCAACAGCAGCCAACCGGAUCAUGUCUAUGUCUCGCCUCAAGAUGUUGCCGCUGGAAGCUUGCCGUUCCGGACCACCCUGCAGGCCGAUAGCCGAACCUACUACCGAUACGAACUACAGGUCGGGGGGUCCAGACAGGAGACACGAAGCAUGCUGCAACAACUUGUCUUAAAACCGGCAGCUCGCUUCUCUGCUGUGUGGACGGGGACGGUGAGCACGCAGGGGUCGGAUGUCAAAGUGGAUGUUGUUGAGAAGACCAGUGGUGAUAUGAGCCACGCGCUAUUGAGUGUUUCUCUAUCUUGAUUCAUGCCUGGUGAUUGAUGCGUAACCCAGAUUGAAUUGAAUUGAACUUGUC